CGUAAAAGGAAAAACUUUCAUUUUGAUUUACAUUGUUACGAUGAAUUUGAUAUAGGUAGCCUACUAAACAUUUUACAGCUCAUUUGUUUUAAUGCACACGGUGGCUGACGUAUACAUCGUCACUACAGAUGUUAUUCAAAAGGUUGCCGUGAACCGGUCAGACUGUUAAUACAUUACAAAGAGAUGCGGAAUUGUUUUCCGCAUGACUUGGUACUUAGACGCAUUUAGUCGCAGUUAUACUAAUAGAUGCUUUCCCACCGAUGUUCUGGCACCUAAUUAGAGGUUCUGGUGCCGAGUUCCUGGUGUCGACCUACAAUUGGGCAGAGUUCCUACGGUGGAGACGUGACAGAAAUUCCUGAUUCGUGAAAAAAAGUCCCUGCGGUGCGAAAUGACCAAAACACUCCGUUUCGGCUGUGAAAUGAAGUUUCCUGAAGAAGUCCUCGCCAACAUAUUCUCCUACCUCCCGUUAAGGGACAGGUACAGCUCUUCCUUAGUCUGUAAGCCAUGGGCCCAGGCGUUGAACUACCCUUCUGUCUGGUAUUACACCGAAGUCAGAUGUGAGACUGGAGCUGAAGACCACGGCCUUCAGCAUUUCUGCCACCUACUGGGGAUGGUCAAGCACCUGAAAAUCAUCGUCUGUCAACUGAAGGAUGUGGCGAACCGGGACAUGGCGCUGCGAGUGUUGAGCCAGGCAACAGACCAGAGCAACCGGCUCCAGAAACUGAGCGUAUCCUGCAUGGGUGAAUUUCCCCUGUUCUACUCCGGUGAAGACAUUCUCCAUGGCAUAGAAGCCGUGCUGCUUAACGAGGCCAGUGGCCUGUCACUCAGGGAGGUUGAUUUCAGGGACAUGCCCUUCACUCUGAGCGACCAGCUGAUCAGGAACAUCGCCCAGCGAAGCCCUGACCUGCAGAGGAUAUACAUCAACAAUCAGGCUCUGGUGUGCAACGUGACUGUGAACACGAUCCAGCAGCUGCUGGUGUCCUGCCCCAAGGUCCAGGUCCUGGGGGCUUUCUAUGCCAGUCUGUCAGAGAAGGUCCUCAGUGAGUUACUCUUGCCUGGAAGAGCUCCACUCAAGCUUCUGGAGCUGUAUUGCGAGCGGUCUGACAAGUAUGUGCCGGCUAUUUCCAAUGGAUUCUGGGAGGUCUUGCACAAGAGACACCCCUCCCUGUCGGUAAACGUUAUCCUCAACCACACUCUGCCCGCCAAGAAGUUCCUGAAGAUUCUACAGCCGAGCAUCCCCAUACGUGACCUGGAGCUGCUUACCUACACAUACCUGGUGAACGAGGUCAACUUUGUGGCCGCCAGCUACGGGACAACCCUCGAGAAGCUCGUGCUGCAGACAACCUCAUCUGCAGAGCUUGACCUAGCGCUGGUGGGCCUGGCCUCCAGUUGCCCGCACCUGAGGGAGAUCCACUGCUACUGCGUGGUGACCCAGGGCGUGGUGCAGGCCUUCUGCACCAAGUGUCCACACCUGUGGAGGUACACGCUAAAGACACGCAAGGAGCCACACCCCUGGACUUGUACAGUGAUCAAGUGACAUGAAGGAUGACCCCAAAAUGAAAGUUUACUUCAGAUCAUUGGUUGCCAACCCAGCUAACAUCUUGCAGAAGCCCUGCAUUCACAGUACAAAUAAAAACUACAAACAUUGUAACCAUAAGAGACUUCAUUUGAUACUGGGAUUUAUAUAGAAAAUUUAAUUUGGGAACUAAAUGUAAAUCAAAUUUUAUUGUAUGGUGAAACACCAUCUACUAUUGGUUUCAUGCUGUUCUGUAAACUACAAUCAAAUCAUUUCACUGUUGACUGCAUGAUCCUCUGCAGUUUAUAACUAAACACUGUUUGCUGUUGACUGCAGAAUGUACUGUAAUCUAUAGUCAGACACUUGUGUUGACUUGAUUUUGCACUGUAGUCUGUAGUCAAACAGUGUUUGGUGUUGACUGCAGAUUGUACUGUAAUCUAUAGUCAGACACUGGUGCUGACAAGGAAGCUUCUUAAUCUAUGCACAAAAGCAGAUUUUAUUAUGAUUGCUACUGUGUUUUUGCACUAUGCAAAUAAAUUUCCUUCUUUCCUUGUC